ACCCCUGGCGAGCCACUCAGUACGGCGGUCUGCACGACGAAGAGUAGAGUAAACAUCAUCCGCAUUGUAACGUUGGCUAUGACAACAUUGAGACCUUUAAUGUCAUCAAGCGUGUGUCGUUGAGAGUUGACAGUAAUGGACCAGCAGGUGGACGAGGUGGCUUCCGUCGACGUCAACGCGUGGCUGCAGCUGCAGAGAGAUGGCGAGCAGCCUCUUAAUCACCAUGGCAAUCUGUCUCAGAAGCCGCCGCCCACCGACCUUCUACAGUCUGCGUGUGCGGGGCUGGUGGCUGAUGACAGCAGUGAAUGUGACGAGGCAGAGGGCAAGGAGUUUGAUGGCGCAGCAGAUGAGCAGGGCGCCAAUGUAGGAAGUCAUAGUGGGGAGCAGCAAACCAAUAUGGGGAAAGGUGGCGCUGAGAGCAGCGACUCGACGGUGGAGAACAGCGCAGAAGCCGGCGACGACGUGGACUACUCCUCCCGAGGGACGUUUGAAGAAGAAGACGACGAGGAGGAAGAGGAGGGAGACACGAACAGCAACGGCUCGAAUCAGGGGCUGAACAUCCCCCGGCUGGUGUCGUCGGCUGGCGGGCAGGCGCCCGUGCGCAAGGGCCGUAUCGACGUGAUCGCGAGCAAGCUGGCGGCGCAGGGAGGCAGCGGUCGUCGUGGCGACGAGGAUGAGAUGAUUGUGACGCGCAGCAGGAGGCACUCGGCGCAGCAUGCGGCCGCUGCUGCCGCCGGGCAGCGCGUGAGUGCGAGGCGAUCCACGAGGCGCGACAACCUAGACCUGAUGUCGCCCACCAAGCGCAAAGCAGAAGGCAACAUCUUCGAGGAUCAGCCGAAGCGGAGUCUGCGAAAUCGGACGGCGAACGCGAGCGAGAGGGCGCUAGUGGCUGCGCCGCCGCGCAAGAGGCACGUGUGUGACGAGUGCGGCAAGGUGUGCGCGACGCCGUACCAGAUGGACGUGCACAAGCGCAAGCAUUCGGGCGAGCGGCCGUACCAGUGUCAGGACUGCGGCGCCAACUUCCCCUACUACAGCUCGAUGCGCUCUCACCUGUUGAUGCAUGCGCGUAACCGGCAGCAGGCGGAUGAGCAGCGCGGCCGCCGCCGGGGUCCGAAGAUCAUCAGCACUGCACCGCAGCGCGCGUCCAAGCGCGGCUCGCCGUCCACACGCCAGGAGCAGUACAUAUGCACGGAGUGCCGGCGGCCAUGCGCGACACCCAGCAAGCUUAAGAUUCACAUGCGCUCGCACACGGGGGAACGGCCGUUCAUCUGCUCCGUGUGCAACAUGUCGUUCAGAUACGAGAACCAUCUGCGGCAGCACAUGGAGAAGAAGCAUCCGGAAGCAUACGCGGGCUCCCUCGCAGCGGCAGCAGCGGCGGUGGGGGGAGGCGAGCGCGCGGCAGCGGGGGACGGCACCACGCCGCAGCCGACGCGUCGCAGCAGCCGCACGGCCUCGCGCCGCCGCCGCUACGUCGCCGCCAUGCCGCAGAAGCGGCCGCCGAAGGGUCCGUGGUACGAGUGCGGCGAGUGCGAGAAGGGGUUCCCGUCCCCGAGCAAGCUCGCCGAGCACCGCAACCAGCACACGGGCGCGCGGCCCUACGAAUGCGGCCUCUGCCACCUGCGCUUCCCCUACCGCAGCUCGGUCGUCGUGCACAUGAAGAUGCACGAGAAGGCGCUAGGCAUGCCACUGCACUUCAUCCGCCACGACGACGACGAAGACGCUGCCCCGGCCGCCGGCGAGGACGACGACGACGAUUUUGGUGUCGUCGACCCCCGCACGAUGGCGCUAGCGGUCGAGGUGUCGAAGACGCACAAGCGCCCGACGGACUACGACCUCGAGUUGAAGCGAGAACGCGACGAGAAGGAGCGGCUAGCCGCCGCCAUCACGGCCGCCGAGGCCGCCGCCCCCGCCGCCGAGGGAGACGUGGGGGCGCUGGCGAACCACGCCGAGGUGCCUCCAGCAGAGGGCGCCACUGCUGCCGAGGAGGACGAGCACGAGAUGUACGACGUGGACUUUGCGCGUCAGCUGCAGGCGGAGACGCGGCAGUCGGCAGCAGGGGGCGCCACCGCCGCUGCCGCGGUGAGUGCGCAGGAGCGGCGGCGGAACGCGCAGCGGCGGCACGCGUGCGAGGAGUGCGGUAAGGGGUUUCCGACGCCGAGCAAGCUGAUGGAGCACAAGCGGCUGCACACGGGCGAGCGACCCUACGUGUGCACCAAGUGCGGCGCCGCGUUCCCCUACAAGUCGUCAAUUACCGCUCACAUGCAGGUGCGUACGAUCGCGUGUGAGAAGAGACAAUGUGAGAAGCCAUUCGAGUGUAACAUCUGUGGGAAGCGAUUUGCGCAGAGCAGCAACAUGAAGCAGCACAAGAUCGUGCACACGCCCGACAGACCGCACGAGUGUGAGGUGUGCAAGAGCCGCUUCCGCAGCGGCAGCAACCUGAAGCAGCACAUGAAGCUGCACACGGGAGAGAAGAUGUACGUGUGCCCGAUCUGCGAGCGCCGCUUCACUCACGGCAGCAACAUGCGCGCGCACAUACUCAACAUGCACCAGAAGGAGAUCAACGAGCAGGUGAGCAUGCAGGGUGCCGCGAUGGCCGCGCCCGCUCGCCCCGCCCCGCCCGCAGCGACGACGGCACCCGCGGCGAGCGGCGCUGAACCUCGCAGCCAGGCAGCGUUCCCCGAGCCGGAGCCGGUCGCCGCGGCCAACCGCGCGGAAGCCGACGCGAAGGAUGCGGCGGCGGCGGCGGAGGAGGAGGAGGGGCAGGUGAAGCCCGGAGAAUCCCUGCUGGUGAAGACGAGUGCGAAGCGGUCGUCUGGCGACGGAGGCAGAGCUCAGGAACUCGAGAACCACCGACAGCGGGAGCCACCGCCGCCAAGCAGUAGCAGCAACCGUGUUGCUGCCAGCAGUGGAGGCAGUGGCGGCCACAGCAGUGGUGGUGGCGGCCACGGCAGUGCAACUGGUGGCCACGGCAGUGCAACUGGUGGCCACGGCAGUGCAACUGGUGGCCACGGCAGUGGUGGUGGCGGCCACGGCAGUGGUGGUGGUGGCCACGGCAGUGGUGGCCAUGGCAGUGGCGGCCACGGUAGUGGCGGCCAUGGCAGUGGCGGCCACGGUAGUGGUGGCCAUGGCAGUGGCAGCCACAGCGGUGGUGGUGGCAGCAGUGGCGGCCACGGUGGUGGCGGUAGCAGCGGAGGUGGAGGUGGCAGCAGCCGCGGCGGCGGCAGCAACCGUGGCGCAAACAGCGGAGGGCCGAUCGUUUCUGCGAGCGACAUGCGCGCGGUGUCCGACGCGCUGCGCGUGAGCGGGGUCGACCCGGCCGCGGCAGCAGCAGCGGCGGCGGCGGCGGCAGCAGCAGCGGCUCAGAGCAACCCGACUCCGCUGUCGCGUCGGUACCCGAGCAUGGACGCGGUGGCGGCGGCGGCGGCCGCGCACCACCACCACAUCCCGGCGAUGAUGCGCGGCAUGCCGCCCGUCAGCUACACGCCGUCCGACAUGCAGGCGUUCUCGAUGUCGCAGCACGCGAGCGCGAUCGAGGCCAGCCUUGCCUACUCCAUGCCGCCCCCGCACUCGAUGGGAGGUGGCAUGGGUCACCUGUCGCGCGAGCCGCACAGCGCGUUCAGCCUCGUCGGUAACGGCGUCGCGGCGCCGCACCACGUGCACCCCGCGCUCGCUCCGCCGCCCAAUCACGGCAUGCCGCCGAUGAACCACGCCGCCAUGAUGCACGACGACGGAGGCGGCGGCGGGUACUUGAACGUGGCGCCCCCUGGCGACGGCAUGCCGAUGUACCAGCCGGAGAACGGACACGGUCACGGACACGGACACGCGCACCACAUGUACGACGGCGGCGGCUUCCCCGUCGGGAUGAUGCGCGGUGGCGCCCCCGGUGGCGGCGGCCGGCCGCCGAUGCAAGACGACGUGGCGGUCGCCAUCGUCGUCUCACCGGAGGAUUUUGAGAACAUGAUCGGAAACCCGAUAUGAAGCUCGUACGUCACUCGCAGGGGACAUGUAGAGAAGGAAUCACCGCGAGAAGAGAUUGCCGAUGAAUCGUGGAGGAAGAAUGUCACCAAGAGGGAGAAUGUCACCAAUAAUCACGGUGAAAGAAUGUCACUAAUAGAUUGCGGAGAGAGAAUAUCGCUAAGAGGAUGAAUAGCGCCAACAAUCACGGAGAAAGAAUAUCACCAAAAUAGCGGAGAGAGAGUGUUACCAAUAGAUUACUAAGGAAGAACGUUGACAAUAGAUUGUGGAGACAGGAUAUGCCGGAGGAUCGCCUGCAGGUUUUUACGUAGAGGUUGAGACCGCCUUGUGCGAUUCGUAUAGUCAUGUGCAUGAGUAUUUCUCGCAAGCCGCGAGGUGAGGCGUCGCCAGUGCGGCAUUAUUAUUAUAAUAUACGUGUGCGUUUUUUGUGACUUUAUAUAAGCGCGUGUUUUACCUGGUGUGAGUGUCGUGUCUACAUACGUACGUUUAAUUUUUGUGCUGCUGUGUGUUCGAGAGACCCUGCCUUGUUUGUGAGCAAGGAUUGUAUUAGUGUGGCCGAAUUCGGAGCCCCGUCGAUGUACAGUAGAGCGGGGGCGCUGGUGUUGGUUCGCGUCGGUUUUGAGGUAAGUCAACAAUGCGGUGGUACGCGUGGUUCGUUGUGUACAUAGGAGGUUUUACAUGUAGAUUUAGAUUGAUCACGUUUUGUUUUGCUGUGGUGCAAUUUGCUUUGGACUUGGCUCCCUGAAUGCUAGUGUAGUCAACGCGAUAGCUGGUCGCAUUGGUAUCAUAGUUAUGGCGUGGUACUACAGCGUAGCGGUGUGUUUCGUUCUAGUUCAUAUUAUUUAUAGUUCAUUUUUAUUCAUUAUAGUCGUCAUUGCUAAUUUUGUCAAGAAAAUAUUUAUGCAGAGUGCAUAUUGUUCAGGGCAGUUGGUCCAUAGUAUGUUUCAUAAAAUGAAUAAUAAAACAUUCCAUAAAUAAUUAAAUACACAA